AAACUAUUACAUUCUAAAUUACAAAAGCCCUAUUUGUCUAACCCAAUUUCUUGAGUCGCCGCCCUCCUCCUCCAUCAAAUUCUGUCACGUUUCCAGCCGUCCUCCUCCAUUUUCUGUCACGACUCUGCUGCCUCCUCCUCCAUUCUCUGUCAAGACUCAGCCGCCCUCCUCCUCACCCCGGUCCCCUCCUCCUUCAGCCGUCAUUUUCUUUGGCGAGUUAUUGACACAGUGAAGAAGAAAAGAGUUACAUAAGAAGAAGGAGAAAGAUGGAGAUAGAUUUAGGGAAGAUUCCGUUUGGCAUGGAUUUCCAUCCUCAGGAUCAAAUGGUGGCUGCUGCUCUCAUUACUGGCCACCUUCAUCUCUAUCGAUACAGUUCCGAUUCCUCCCCUCAACGAUUGUUGGAAGUUCAAGCACAUAGUGACUCAUGUAGAGCUGUUCGGUUCAUCAACGGUGGCCAGGCUUUGUUGUCUGCUUCAAGUGAUCGCUCUAUUCUGGCAACUGAUGUAGAAACUGGUUCACCAAUUGGUCGUGUUGAGAGUGCUCAUGAGGAUGCCAUUUUUAGUUUGAUCAAUCUCACAGAGUCAACCAUUGCUACCGGGGAUGAUCAAGGGUGUAUUAAGGUGUGGGAUACCAGGCAACGUUCUUGUUGUAAUACCUUCAGUGCCCAUGAAGACUAUGUUUCAGAUAUGACUUUUGCAUCCGAUUCUAUGAAACUCCUAGGAACAAGCGGAGAUGGGACUCUUUCUGUUUGCAACCUUCGAAGUAAUAAAGUGCAAACUCGAUCUGAAUUUUCUGAAGAAGAGCUACUGUCUGUUGCUAUUAUGAAGAAUGGUCGCAAAGUUAUUUGUGGAUCACAAAAUGGAACGCUGUUAUUGUAUUCAUGGGGGUUUUUCAAGGAUUGCAGUGAUCGCUUUGUUGGUCUCUCUCCAAAUUCUGUUGAUGCUUUGUUGAAGCUUGAUGAAGAUAGAGUCAUUACUGGAUCUGAGAAUGGACUCAUCAGUCUGGUAGGCAUUUUACCCAACAGAAUCAUCCAACCACUUGCUGAGCAUUCAGAAUAUCCCAUUGAGCGCCUUGCUUUUUCUCAUGACAGAAAAUUUCUCGGCAGUAUAUCGCAUGACCAAAUGUUGAAGCUUUGGGAUUUAGAUGAUUUAUUGCAAAAUUCUGGAGAUACUCAAAAGGACCAAGAUGUUGUGAAUGACAGUGAUAGUGAUGGCAUGGAUGUUGAUGUUGAUGUUGAUGUUAAUCCUCCAAAAUCUAAAAGAGGGAGCAAGAGAAGAAAUGGGCAACCUAAUAGCAGUACAAGUAGCUUUUUUGCGGACUUAUAGGAGGAUGGUAGUAUUACUUCUUCAGAGUUUCUAUCUUUACUUUGAUAUAAUUGGUGUCACAGCAGAAAUUUUAAUAUCCGCUGAUCAAGCGGCCGGAAACCGUGAUUUGGCUAGGAGAAGAGGCGAGGCAAUUUUGAUCACCUGGUAGAUGUCUUUUAGAUAUUUUUGGCUUGUUGUAUUGAAGGUUGAUAUAUAUUUUACUUGUACAUAUAUGCAUUUCUCCAGGAACUCAGUAUUAAAAAUUCUGGAGCAAUGUAGUAAGAGAUUGCAAAUGGUGACUUGUGUAAAUGCGAACCUUGGCAAUUAAAGGGAUGCAUUGUUUCUCA